AUGCCGCCGCAGCAGGAGGGCGAGGCGGGCUACAUCAGCAAACCGGUGCCGGGCGGCUGCGAGGUACCGCCGGUGCCCCCGCGCAGGGUGCGCAGCGGCCGAGCGGCGGCGGCGCUGGGGGCGGCUCUGGGUGGCCGCUGCCGGGCGACGGGAGCCGGAGCCGCGCCCGGGGCCGGAUCUGGGGCAGGAGCGGGAGCCGAGCCGCGGCGCAGCAUCAAGUGCGUGCUGGUGGGAGACGGCGCUGUGGGGAAGACCAGCCUGGUGGUGAGCUACACCACCAACGGGUACCCCACCGAGUACAUUCCCACAGCCUUUGACAACUUCUCCGCUGUCGUGUCUGUCGAUGGCAAGCCGGUGAGACUUCAGCUCUGCGACACAGCUGGUCAGGAUGAAUUUGACAAGCUCAGGCCUCUGUGCUACACAAACACGGACAUCUUCCUGCUGUGCUUCAGUGUGGUGAGCCCUUCGUCCUUCCAGAAUGUGAGUGAGAAGUGGGUUCCUGAAAUCCGGUGCCACUGUCCCAAGGCCCCCAUUAUCCUUGUUGGGACGCAGUCGGACCUCCGGGAGGAUGUCAAAGUUCUCAUUGAGCUGGACAAGUGCAAAGAAAAGCCUGUCUCAGAGGAGGCUGCGAAGCUCUGUGCCGAGGAAAUAAAAGCUGCAUCCUACAUCGAGUGCUCUGCUUUGACUCAGAAAAACCUCAAGGAGGUCUUUGAUGCGGCCAUCAUGGCUGGCAUUCAGUACUCGGAUACCCAGCAGCAACCAAAGAAAUCCAAGUGCAGGACUCCAGACAAGAUGAAAAACCUCUCCAAAUCCUGGUGGAAAAAAUACUGCUGUUUUGUAUAGGGGUUGCAAGGACCUGAAUGCUGCUCUGAGGAAAUCAAAUAGAGGCUAUAUUAGCUGAAAUCUCAUUCUGUGUCAUCCCAAGUGUAUAGUGUAGAUCUGUAUGUAUGUGUAUAUGUUGCUACUGGAUAACUCAGCUGCCCUUUUGAGGGUGGCAGAAGGAUUCUUAGUUAAAUAAUUGCUAUAAAUCAGGUCUGGCAUACACUUUGAUUACUAAAACCUCUUGUUAAGGAAGAAAAGCACCACAUGUCUGAGGGUAGAAGGAUUUGUCCAAAGGAUCUGACUUCUUGCGUUAUGUGUGCAACAGAGAGGAGCACACCAGAGGCCUUUGCUGCCAGAGCUUCGCAGGAGGAAUGUAUGAGCAGUGGUAGAAGUGUAGAGCUCCGUACUUGGACGAUCAAAGGAAAAAAUAACACUGUGCCUCCUAACUGAUGUUUGUAGCUUUAAACCCCCACUCCUGCUCUCUUCUCCGUGUCUUCCCAAGCCAGCGCUCUUGGGGAUCACUUUAAAAAGGGCAUGUGAGAGGUGUAAUCUAUACACAAAUGCUACGGUUGGAAAGGUCAUGAAUAUACCUUCAGCAUGUGGUGAGGGAACCUAAUCCCUUAUGGAGCUGGUAUCUCAUUUGUCACCUCCUGACUUUGUGAAAGCCCUUUCUGUCCUCCUUCUCCUGCCCUUCCCAGGAAGUCGAGUGAAAGCCCGAGAACAUGACCAAGCUUUAACUCGCCUACCUCGAGCUGGGGCGAAUUCCUCUGUAUUUUUGCAGACAUGACGACAGUUCAUCUAUUUCAGCUGAAAGGAAUGUAAAUGCUGUUGUGCUGGUUAUUUUUUUUUCUUUCAUUUUUAAAUAAGUAUCUGUGCAGCAGCACCUAAACCACAUCUGGCUUUAAAUCUACAGGAAGAAUUUCAGGAUGCCCCUCCUUACCUUUUAAGGCUGCUAAACAAAUAACAAAUCAGGCAGGUUAAGAUUUAUAACAAACUGGACACUAGAAACUGAGGCUGCUGUGUCCUCUUUAUGAUGCUGUUUUCAACCAAGUUCGUUUCCCUUCUAAAGGCAACAGUUGCUUGUGGUUGAAUCUCAUCCAGGCUCAUAGUGGUGAAAUUUGCUGAAGCCACCCCAGCAAUUUAAUUGAUUGGGUUUUUUUUUUUUUCCCAGACCAGUCCAACAGAUUAGCUGAAAUGUGCCUAAAAUGUAGCUGAGUGAUCAACACAGAGUUGAAUGUGACCUAUUCUCUGACUAAAUCUGGUUCCCUCUAAACUAAGCCUAAUUCCAGUCCUGGCAAGCUCAAGUGACCUGAGGGAUAACGUGACUCUCUGCAAGAAUCAGUAUUUUAACAUAUCCUGCAGAGAACAUUUAGUUUGUGCUGUCUGUCUGUCUGUCUGCCUGCCUUUUUAUGGCCCUGACUAUGGGAUUUUUUCCCCUGGAUAUUUCAAGAUCAGGUUAUAUUGGUUUUUUUUCUCCUUCAGCCAUAGCCUUGAAGUGACCUUUUUCAUAGUCUUAAACUAAACUGCAGUGACAGAAAGCCAGGACCCUUUUUUCAUCAGAAAUGAAUCAAUGCCUGAUACAAAGAAGAACUGUGGAAGCCAUUUGAGUUGAUAAACCCGACCAUGGUUUACCUCCUGGCACAUUAAAUAAAAUGACAUUAUGUAAAUGGAUUCUGGGCUGUAUUGGCAUAGGCUCCAGAGGCAGUAUUUUUUCCUCCUCUACAUUGAAAUGAGUGCAGAAUGGGUAAUGUUCCAUCGCAGAAAACUUGAAAAUGGGAUGGAAAUCUUUACCUAGGGCCUAAUUCAAUAAAAAUGUGUUGGCUUCUGCACUGGAACAGCUUAGAAAAACAGUUUCCAUAGCACAGAAGCUGGAUGCAUUUAGCUUAGUUGCAUCUGAUUGGGAAUGGUUUAAUGUUUACUGGUCAUGAAGUUAACAUCUGAGCCUUUAUAUUUCUUACUCAAAUGCUUUGACAGGAUUUCAGAUAUGCAGUCAUACUGUCAUCUUGGAGAGAAACAUAAAGGCGUAUUUCUCUUGGGUGCUUUGCUUCUCUGUAAAAUGGUCUUGGUGGAUCAAAAAUGUGGGUCUGGGAAGGAGACAAGCUUGAAUCUGAGCAACUUUCAUUUGCAAAAUCAACAUUUCUCCUGGAAGAUCAUCCUGCUUUGUAUCACACCGUACUGGAAGCAGUAGGUUCUAUUUUAUACACAGCCUGUUUCAUAGUCUGGAGUAGCAUUACUUUUAAAAGUAGCCAGCUGUGACUGUUUCUGAAAAUGUGAUGUAUAUACAACUUGUUAUAGCCCUUUACUAGGUGUGUGUAAACUGAGUCUUAUAACUUUACGAAUACUGCUCUACACGGAGCUACACAGGGUCUAGGUUUUAGAAAUGACUUUUAAAAUCAUCAGUAUUUUACGAUGGCAAGCGAGGGGAAGAUAGCGCAAUUGAGAGAAAGAUAUCUCUAUGUAGUCUAUAAUCUGACGUGCCUUAUUAAAAAAAACACCUCUCUUCUGUUUUCUAAGUGUAGGCUAUAUUCUGAAAGAAAUAUUUCAUGUGAGAAUGAUAUAAAUGAGGUAUUUGGAAAUAAAUUCUGACCUGUGUA